GCAGGGUGUUUAGGGCCCCGAGGGGCGUGGGCGGGAGGCAGCGCCGUCCGCGGUCCCCGCUCCGCCACCUGCGCGGCGGGAGGGCGAGCACAGAGUCCGGGCGGGAGCAGGCUGCCCCGGACGCGGGGCGGAGCGCAGCCGAGAGGCCGCGGGGACCUGCCGCGCCCCACGCCGGUCCCCGCUGUCCCCGCCGGGCCAAGAGAUGGCGAGCGCCAGCCCUGCGGUAGUCAUAAGCACCUGCAGUUCUCAUGGAGAGGAAAAUGGCUCCACUUUUAACCAGAACUCAUCUCCGUCGGAGGAGCUUCUGUUAGAAGACCAGAUGAGGAGAAAACUCAAAUUUUUUUUCAUGAAUCCUUGUGAGAAAUUCUGGGCUCGAGGCAGAAAACCGUGGAAACUUGCCAUACAAAUUCUGAAAAUUGCCACAGUGACCGUUCAGCUGGUUCUUUUUGGACUAAGUAACCAGAUGGUGGUAGCUUUCAAGGAAGAGAACACUAUAGCAUUCAAACAUCUCUUCCUCAAAGGAUACAUGGACCGCAUGGAUGACACAUACGCAGUAUAUACACAAAGCGACGUAUACGAUCAGAUCAUCUUUGCAGUCAACCAGUACCUGCAGCUGCGCAAUGUCUCAGUUGGGAAUCAUGCCUAUGAGAACAAGGGCACCACACAGUCCGCCAUGGCGAUCUGUCAGCACUUCUACAAGCAUGGAAACAUCUGCCCGGGAAAUGACACCUUUGACAUUGAUCCAGAAAUUGAAACGGAAUGUUUCUUCGUGGAGCCAGACGAACCUUUUCACAUUGGAACACCAGAAGAAAACAAACUCAACCUAACACUGGACUUCCACAGGCUGCUGACAGUGGAGCUUCAGUUUAAAUUGAAGGCCAUCAACCUGCAGACUGUGCGUCACCAGGAGCUCCCCGACUGCUACGACUUUACCCUGACGAUAACAUUUGAUAACAAGGCUCAUAGUGGAAGAAUUAAAAUAAGCCUAGAUAAUGACAUUUCCAUUAGGGAAUGUAAGGACUGGCACGUAUCUGGAUCAAUUCAGAAGAACACUCAUUACAUGAUGAUCUUUGACGCUUUUGUCAUCUUGACAUGCUUAGCCUCGCUGCUUCUCUGCAUUAGAUCUGUGAUUCGAGGACUUCAGCUUCAGCAGGAAUUUGUCAGUUUUUUCCUCCUCCAUUAUAAGAAGGAAGUUUCUGUUUCUGAUCAGAUGGAAUUUGUCAAUGGAUGGUACAUUAUGAUUAUUAUUAGUGACAUACUGACAGUCAUUGGUUCAAUUCUGAAAAUGGAAAUCCAAGCGAAGAGUCUCACAAGCUAUGAUGUCUGCAGCAUACUUCUUGGGACGUCCACCAUGCUUGUGUGGCUUGGAGUCAUCCGAUACCUGGGUUUCUUUGAGAAGUACAAUCUGCUCAUCCUGACGCUUCAGGCCGCGUUGCCCAACGUCAUCAGGUUCUGCUGCUGUGCCGCUAUGAUUUAUUUAGGCUACUGCUUCUGUGGGUGGAUCGUGCUGGGGCCUUACCACGAUAAGUUCCGUUCUCUGAACAGGGUCUCUGAGUGCCUUUUUUCUCUGAUAAAUGGAGAUGACAUGUUUGCCACCUUUGCAAAAAUGCAGCAAAAGAGUUACUUGGUCUGGCUGUUCAGCAGAAUUUACCUCUACUCGUUCAUCAGCCUCUUCAUAUAUAUGAUUUUAAGCCUUUUCAUUGCAUUGAUCACCGAUACAUAUGAAACAAUCAAGCACUACCAACAGAAUGGCUUCCCAGAGACAGAACUUCGUGUGUUUAUAUCAGAGUGCAAAGAUCUACCGAAUUCUGGAAAAUACAGAUUCGACGAUGACCCUCCAGUGUCUUUAUUCUGCUGUUGUAAAAAGUAGUUAUCAGGUUGCCCUGCCCUCUGGAGGAAUCCGCCCUGUGGAGCUGAGUUUUUGGGGUUUUUUUUUUGUUUUUUUUUUUUUCCAGAACCGGGGAUUGAACUCCGGUCCUUGCGCUCGCCAGGGAAGCGCUUAUUCUACUGAGCUAUCUCCCUGGCUGUGGAGCUGAGUUGAGGAAACUGUAUGGAGAUUUUAUAGUAGGUUCAAAUACUGUCUUUUUUUUUUUUUUUUUUUUAAAGCUAAUUAGGGCUUUCUAUAACUCACCAAGAAUUAUGUUUAUAUUUUUUAAGUAAUAAUGUAUUUUCUGCUUUACAUUGGGCUUAAAAUAUUAACUAAUUUUGUGGAGGGAAGAUACUGGAUUAUUAUCCUUUUAUGUCUGUUUGUCAUUUGUUGGGAAUCUUGCAUGAUAGCACUAUACCAGCGGCACUGUUUAUUUGUCAUUUUUUGGAAUGUGUUCUCCAUUCCCCUUUUUACUCAGGCUGGGUGGGUUUUGUCCUCAGUGUAAACAGUUCCUGAUCUGACUGACUUUGGACCAUCUGGUUGUGUUCCUGAAAGUCAGCUACUGUACGCCCAUCUUGGCUGCAGUGAAAGGUCUUCUCGUCCAGGCCAGAGCAAGAAGCAAGCAUCUCCGACUAACAGGGGGCCAUUUGGUUCUGGAGGACAGCUGCUGUUGUGUCCUGCUUUGAGUUCUGGAGGCAAUUGAGUAUUUUAACAUUCCUUUCUAAAUUUCUCUGCUCCUUCAGUGUUAAGGUCUGGAGUUGAAAGACUGUCUCUACAUAAACGAAAAAGUCUAUGCCAAACACAUAUCCAAUUAGGCAAUGAUCAUUUUAUUAGCAUGUCAGCAACUAUGUGUUACACUUUGCUUUUUGUAAGUGUAAAAGCACAGCAAAGCCACUUGUGGUCAGGAACUGUGGUUUUAUGGGACAGGGUUGUAUACUCAUGCAGGAGGUGUUUUGGACAAUUACAUUUAAAAUUAAAGAUAAGUGAGAAAUGUGUGCCUCUAGUAACUCACUGAUUGGAAAUUGCAGCGAUUUCACAAUGUAAAUAUUUAUUUUGUGUAUUUUUUAUUCAAAUGGAACUUAAUUUAAUGAUGUCAAUAAAAGUUUUC